AUUCAUGCCGCCAUGAUUCGUAAAAGGGAGAUAAUGAAGACAGUUCAUAGAGAACUUGAGGUGGAAGCUCAAAGAAAGAAAACUGUGCGUGGUAUUAGAAGCAAAAUUCUGCAGGAAUGUAUGGAAACAGUUGCCAAAAAGACAAAUUAUAUGGCCCUCAUUCGUGCAGAUAUUGACAGAAAAAUAGAAAUGAUGGAGGCACUUCACAAAGAGCUUGUGAAAUCCAAUUUAGAGUGCAGAGCAGACGAUGAUGAUGAUGAUGGUGACGAAAUGUUUGUGCCGCGGAAACUUUUCCUUUUCAAAGUGGAUACUUUCAAGAAUGAUAUGCCAAAUCAAACGAUGUCCAUUCCGAAGCCGCCUCCGUGCAUGCGAAGUUUUGAGGACAAACAUGCACAUGGUACAGAAAAGGAAUUCCCAACAAAGAAGAGAUCUAUGAGAACUCGUGUGUUGAAGUUUUUUGGAGUGAAAUGAAUUUGUCUUAGAAAAAUGAAUCUGAGAAAUUGUUCAUAUUUUUUGUUUAUUUUUUGGAGUCAUCAUUUGAUUUUGUAUUAAAUAUGUAUAUAUUUU